AUGGUUGCAGAGUUGCAAGAAAAAGAAACGACCAAGUGUUUUUUUGCUGUUGAAAUCGAUGAUAAGAAAACUAUUCUUAUUACUGGUGGUGCUGGGUUCAUUGGCACUCACACUAUGGUACAACUACUCAAUGAAGGUUUUAAAGUGUCAAUUAUUGACAAUCAUGAUAACUCUAUUAUUGAAGCUAUUGAUAGGGUUAAGAAAUUAGUGGGUCCUGAACUCUCUAAGAAACUCCAGUUCAACUUGGAAAGCAAAUUUUUUUCCAUCUUUUACUCCAAAGAUGAAACCUUUGUUGAUGAUUUGAGGAACAGGGAUGACUUGGACAAGCUUUUCUCUAAAACAAAGUUGUUGAGGAGAGUGUCGGUAACCCUUGUCAGUAAUGGGUUGCUGGGAAGCCCUAUGGUGCAGUGGAAAAAUUAUUUUGGCGAACCAAACCAGGAAUCUAUGCACAAGGAACGAAUCAGGAAGAAAAGGUUUGAAAAAUAUACCUUUCGUACUCUAAAAAUAGGAAGGAACCACUUCUGUUUUAAUCCCCUUCGAGUGCUGCCGAUCCAAAGCCGCAACAGAAUUGCCCCAGCCUCUACAUAGUCCACCCUGUUACAAACGAAUGAAAAAAAACUCUCACAGAACAUUUCAAAAAGUUUUUCUGAAAAGAAAAUGUGGCUGCUAGACCUAGGUUCCUUUUCUUUUGUGGUUAAUGUUGGUCAACACUUUUCUGCACCCUAGGGUUAAUAUUCCUUAAAAAAAUGGAAUCCCCUUUUUGGUGCUAGAAUAUAUAUGAAAAUAUCACAUUGUAAUAUCCUUUUUGAAAGGAUAUUAAUUUCCAUAUAUAUUUUAUGUUUGACCAAAAUUAAUUAUUAUAAUACUUUAUUUUAAUAAUUUCGUAAAUAAGUCAUAUUUAAUAUUUUAUAUGAAUCAAAUAUAUACAUUUUUUUAAUUAUGUUCUCUAUUCUUGUACAAUGAAUUUGUACAUGUAUUGUGUUCAUUAUUUAACUCUCGAAUUAAAUUAAUUCAGUAAUUAAUAUAAUUCUCAUGACAG